GGAAAGUCGUGCAGCAUUCAUAUACUAUCUGAAAUAGUAUGAAUCAUUGUUAAUGUUUAGACAAUUUUUCCUAUAUGAUGAAUACAUUCAAGUUACUGAGACUUUUUGCUAUUAGUAGUGGGGGACUUUUAUUUUGAACAUUUCCGAAAUUCCGUGACACGGAAGUACUUUUUUCCAGCAAUGAAGAGACUUACUUUCCGGAGCAAAGUCAAAUUUGCUGCAAAUUGACCUCCCUAGCCUUCUCAUCUGAAAGAACGAACUCUUUACAAAAUCAUCAUGCCGUUCAUUGAUUUAGAAAGUAAUUUACCUGAGAGUACGUUUUCUGAGGAUUUCAUGAAAAAGCUGUGCUCCAAAACAGCCGCUGUUCUAGGGAAACCCGAAGAGAGAAUGAUGUUGGUGGUGAAACCAGGACUGCCAAUGCUCAUGAGUGGAACUUGUGCUCCUUGCGUGAUACUGUCCGUGUCCGCCAUCGGUGUCACUGACACUGCUGAGAAGAACAAGGAACACAAUGCCAAUAUCUUCCCUUUCCUUACAGGAGAACUUGGACUUACUGAAGACCGGGUCAUGAUCAGGUUCUACGUACUGGAGCCACAUCAGGUUGGAAAGAAGGGAACUGUUAUGAGUUACCUGUAGGAUGAACUUUCUGCACCAGAAUGACUUCACACAUCUGUUCCACAACAGUUACCAGAACCCGGCAGUGGGUUUCCACCACUCAAUUGGACAUGACAUACCAUAUGACAAAGACCUGCAUUGGAUUUUAUCACUAUGGUAUUUGACCCCAUGAAUCUAUGCCCUGGAAACUCAUUCAUUUAUAUUGCGACAGUAAACCAGAACCGCACAUUUGACAAGCUAGAUGAUAUAAGAAUAUAUUCAUGUUUGAUUAGAGGAAAUGUAAACCAAUUGACCUUUUUUCAAAGCUAUUACUGUGUAAGUUCACCUAUUCAUUUCAUAUCUCAACCAUCUAAUAAUGUGGUUGAGAUGUUUUUUUUCUGCUAUGUUUUGUUAGUAAGAACCACAAUGACUAGUAUUAACAGUAAAUCUUUAAGUACGUACUGUGCAAUGGAAUUCAGGUAAAUGUCAAUGGCCGCUGUGAAACACCAUUCUAUGCAUUUGUUAAGAGUAUAGAAGUAGAUAACAGUGUAGAUAACAGACAUAACAGUGUUGCAUUGGACUAACAUGCACUCUGUAUUUGUGAAGGACUGUGCUUAGUAAAUGUACAUGUAAUGUAUUCCUUUCAAUGUCAGUCCUUUUAAUAUAUGUAUUCCUUUCAAUGUCAGUCCUUUUAAUAUAUGUAUUCCUUUCAAUGUCAGUCCUUUUAAUAUAUGAGCAGCAAGUAAAUGUUGUGAAGGCUUUGCUGUACAAUUAGUCAUACUAGAAGUGAAAGUACUUAAAUUAUUGUGUCCCGCAUGACUAAAUUAUUUACUGGAUGUAAUGUCUUGUCAAUAUUUCUUUACACUCAACAGAAAGAGUGGAAGGGUUUUAAAAUAAUACAAGUUGCUGUAAAAUGUGACAUUGAACAGCUAGAUAUUUAGGAAAAGUGGACUGUAAACCAAUGUAAAAAUGUAGCUAUCUUUCUAUGUGAUACAGGCCACUGA